AUGUCCAGUGCGGAAGACAUAGUAUCUCAUGAAGACAUACAAGUCUCAGGCGCGCAAAGCGAAGCGCAAAAGCGUCUGCUGCCGAUAAUUUGGAGGUUCGUUGGCCGUCGCGCUCGCAGGUCAGGUCGGGCAGGACCUGCGUCACCCGCCAAGAGAAGAACUAGCAGUCCCGUUAAGCCCGAGAUGACGCCGGGCCUUCAAGACCUAGAGAGCUCUCCAACAAGGAAACGGCAGAGAGACCCUGAAAAAACGCCUAUGGCAGAGCCAGAGCCGUCGCCGCUCAAAUCUGACACGGGCCCCUCACUAGCAAUGGCUCCCGAGUCGCCUACGAAGAGGCCUUCAAAACGGGGAAGGCCUAGAAAGGUUAAAACCGAGCCUACUGAGAAUAUAGACGAUUACGCGCCAGCGUCCCGCUCACAGUCUCCUCUGCGGCCCCGAAAACUGAUGAGGGAUGAGCUAGGGCCCGAUCAGGAGGGCGAACCCGGUUUUGUGACGGCAAACUCUUCGCCAAUAAAAUCCUCACAUGUCUUUUCAUCGCCAGCCAAGUCGCCUACGAAGCCUGUACUUAAGCAGUCGCCUUUCAAGAUCCAGCUUAAUCGUCAUUUCGUGCCCACGCCCAUCCCCCAAGAGGGAGAGUAUAAAGCGCCUAAAGAAAAGCACCUCACUUACUUCUUCGACGGCUUUGAAGGUUACAUCGAUCAGAAAAAACCACUGCGAUCACACCAGAAGUCCACGAAUACAAUGGCAAUGGCUCCACAAGUGACACGCGAAGAGUUUUCACUAAUCUCUAAUACCUUGAACUCAUUGCUCCACAGAUCCAGCAAAGAAGCGUUGCGACAGGUUCAGCGUCAGAUGUUUCCUCAAUACUGGUUCGAGCUCGCCCAGGGAUUCUCCCUUUUGUUCUAUGGUGUCGGGUCAAAGCGGUCGUUUCUGGAAGAGUUUGUCAUAGAUUAUCUCUCCCCUAGGCUCACUCUUUCCGAUGCGCUCAACUUUGGUUCCAUGGAAGAGAAAGCAGAUCACACUGACAGAAAAGGCGAAAUCAAUUUCAAUGGCGAGGACGGUGACAACAGCGAAGGCGACAAUGCCGAUGACGAAGGGGAUAUAGAUGGCGUUCCAUGUGUAGUCAUAAAUGGCUACAACCCUACAUGCAGCUACAGAGACGCUUUUCAUUCAAUAUCGCAGGUGAUGUUGCAGGAGGAACUCGGCAAAUCCGAGACCAAAUACUGGGGAAACCACGUCGAGUUGCAGAUCAACAAAAUGAUAGAAGUCUACCGCGACAGCCCGCCCCUCAUCAAACUGGUGGUACUGGUGCAUAAUUUAGACGGGCCCAUGGUAAGAAAAGCUCCUUUUCAAAACAUGCUCAGCUCGCUCGCGCGGGUCCGCCAGAUUGCUCUUGUUGCAUCGACAGACCAUGUUUACGCGCCCCUGCUUUGGGAUCAUGUCCGCGCGCAAAACUUCAACUUCAUAUUUCACGACAUCACUAAUUACCAAGGCUACGCCGUCGAGUCUUCCUUUAGCGACAUAAUGCAACUGGGCAAGAGCUCAGGAACCACGGGUGCGGAGGGUGCACGCUACGUGCUAGAAUCUCUGACAAGCAACUCCAAAAGAAUGUACAAACUGCUCAUCGAAACCCAACUGGCGAAUAUGGAGUCACAAGGCAAGGAUUCUGCUAACAAGCGUGGAUCACACGCCUUCGGAAUAGAGUUCAAGCAGUUUUAUCACCUCUGCGCUGCUGAGUUCAUUGCCUCUAACGAAGUUUCAUUACGGUCUAUGUUAAGCGAAUUUAUCGAACAUAAGAUGGCUGCCAUGUCCAAAGACAGAAGCGGCGCAGAGACUCUCUACGUUCCUUAUGUAUACUCCGAAAUGCAGACCCUGCUAAAGGACAUACUGAACGUGUAA